AUGCGAUCGGUGGGGAUGCAUCCAGAGUGUCUUCCGAUAGCAGUGAAUUUGCGCGACAAUUUCUAUGGUCCUUUGGGUGUAAGAUGUUUGGAAUUUCUCAGAAGCGGACCAGCUCCUAAGGAGGGCUGUGAAUUUGGCUCGAGAGAGCAAUUGUCCCAAGUGACCAGUUAUCUGGAUGCCUCCAUGGUUUACAGUAGUAAUGCCAUGCAUAGUGACAGUCUGAGAAUAUUCCGGAAUGGCUUAUUGCAGUACGGAAGAAUACAGUCGCGAAGAUCUUGGCUUCUGAAACAUAAAUCGGAUUUAUGCAAACGCGGGUCUUUGUCUAUAACUUGUUUCCCGGCUGGCGACGGACGUCUAAGCGAGCAACCUGCUCUCACGUCCUUGCACGUAGUCUUUCUGAGAUUACACAACAGGAUAGCCAUGGAAUUAUCAGCCAUGAAUUCUCAUUGGAGCGACGAAAAACUUUUUCAAGAAGCACGAAGAAUUGUCGGCGCAGUAAUCCAACAUAUAACUUAUCGAGAAUUUCUACCGAUUAUUCUUGGCCCUCAGGUGAUGAAAAUCUUUGAUUUGGAAGUUCUUAAAAAAGGUUAUUUCAAAGGAUACGAUCCGACAGUAAAUCCCACCAUUGCAAAUUCAUUUUCUACAGCGGCUUAUCGAUUCGGACAUUCAUUGGUCCAGCGGAGCUUUAUUAGAUUUGAUAGCAAUCACAGACCCAUUUUUAAUAAUAUUUCGAUUCAUGAUGAGUUCACCAACCCUGCGAAUUUGGAUACAGCAGGAUCCGUCGAUCGCCUUCUUCUAGGAUUAGUAAAUCAGCCAUGCCAGAAGCGGGACGAGUUCAUAACCGAAGAGAUGACUAAUCGUCUUUUUCAAACGCCUGGUUUUCCAUUCGGCAUGGAUCUUGCUUCCCUCAAUAUCCAGCGGGGUAGAGAUCACGGUUUACCGCCUUACAUCCGAUGGCGUAAACCUUGCAGUUUGAGCCCGAUAAGAACCUUUGAGGAUCUUAAUAAAGUGAUGUCGCCGGACAUCAUAAGAAAAUUGAAAUCAUUAUAUUCGUCGGUGGAGGAUAUUGACCUCUUCUCGGCCGGUCUAGCGGAAAAGUCGGUAGUUGGCGGUCUGGUUGGUCCGACUUUCGCUUGUAUAAUUGCUCAACAAUUCAGUAAUCUGCGACGUGGCGAUCGAUUCUGGUACGAAAAUCCCAACAGCGAAAGCAGUUUUACCGCUGGUCAAUUGCAACAGAUCAGACAAGUCACUUUGGCCCAAGUACUGUGCCAAACGAUGGAUGGCAUUGAAACCAUACAACCAUUUGUUUUCCUCGCAACGGAUAUGUUAAAGAAUCAACGUCUCUCUUGCGAUGAUUUUGCUAUUGGACACCUGAGAUUUGAACACUGGGCCGAACGGCCAUCUGAAUUCAAAAGCAACGUCGACAACUCGCAAAAAGUUAAACGAGCAGCGACCGACACAAGUUUCUCUAUUUCUAGGUCAAAAGAGGAAAAUAUCCAUCCUAAUAGAAAAGUUCAUCCCAAAAGUAAUCCUGAUCAUACAAAAGUUACAACUCCAAAACCUUUUCAGAAUAGCAUUAAUCAAGAAAAUAAAGUCAUUGUAAAAAGGCCAUUUGUUCGACCAAACAACAACAAUGUCACCAUCGUGGUCCAAAAUAAUGCUGUAAAUGCUCCUGUUUUCGUAAACGAGGGUAUCUACGAUUCACAUAUCAAAAUCCAGGAACAGCUUCCUAUCAGCUCAACUUCUCGACCGCAGGGAAAACCUAUACCAACGACUAUUCCUCAUUCACCAAAUUUUCAUUUAGCAAAUCAACCGUACGUUCCCUAAUACAGAUUGCCUCCUUUCACACAGGAUGACGUCUUUUAUGAUAACUACUCUGCCACUAGUCCCAGACCUACUCUCUACACUUAUUACACAAAUUUCCAGAAGGCUACUACGCAAAUGCCAGAGAUUGACGGUUAUUUGAUUAAUUACGGACUUUUAAAUCACAAUUUGAUUCCAGCAUCUCCUUACGGAAAAUCAAAACCUCUAGAAAAUUUCGAACAUCAUGAAUUGAAAGAUGAACAAAAUCCGGUGCAAAAGCCGAAUUACGCUGAUCCUAAACUUUCAACAAACAUGGAGUUGAUCAGACCAAAUUAUGCAUCAAGUGAUAAAUCUUAUACACAUAAAUCAAAUUAUGAUGAAUAUAAACAUUCAACAACUACGCGACCAAAUUUCCGACUGAAUUAUGCAACGAACGAUGAAUUUUAUUAUACACAUAGACCAAGUUAUAAUAAACCUUCAAUUAUACGACCAAAUUUUCGACCGAAUUAUGAAAUAAAUAAUGAAUGUCAUCAUAUUCAUAAAUUAAAUUACUGUGGAUAUAAACCGUCAAUCACGCGGCCAAAUUUUCGACCAAAUUACGUAUUGAAUAAUGAACCUUAUCAUACAGACAAAUCAAGUAAUGACGAACAUAGGUCUUUAACAAGUACGCAACCGAAUCUUCAAUCCAAUUUUGGAUGGAACGAUGAAUUAUAUCACAGACCAGAUUAUAAUGUAUUUAAACCUUCAGGCAACUCGCAAUCAAAUGAAGAUUUACAUCAUGUACAAAAACUAAUUUAUAAUAGAUUUACGUCCCUAACAAACUUCCGAUCAGAUAAACCAAAUCAGGAAUCAUAUAAUAAACUAAGCGGUGUCGAAAAUCUACAUUUACAAAGUAGUGAUCUUAAUCUGUAUCAGAAAAAGCCGAAUAUUGAACCACCAAGUUAUAGCAUUGAUAAUUCCCAUCAAACAUUUUUUACUACUAAGCCAAGUAACGAAUAUAACUCUCAAUUUUGGAAGAAAGAUUCACUGCAAUCUAUCAAGGAUUCGGUACAAAGUGGACUUUAUGGAUCUAUUCCGAGUUCUGAAAUGAAUAUUCCAUCUUAUCAAAAAGAUACAUUUACAGAUUCCAGUACUUUGUCUUCUACAAAUAACAACUACGAUCGGUAUUCUGGUACUACUCAGAUUUAUCAAAAAAUAUUGUCAUCUACUCCAAGUGGUUGGACAGACGUCUUAUCUCAUAUAAAACAAGACAGUACUCAAUCUCCUUUUAACAAAGAUAUGUAUCCGUAUAGUUUAUUUUUAUUCAAUCAGACACCAACAAGUCAUCCGACCUAUCAAAAAGAUGAUCAAUCAAAAGCGCCUUCAAAAGUGUCAGGCAACAAAUCCUUUGUUAAUGUAGAUUCACAUGAACAUAAUUCUCACAAAAAUCCUCCAAAAUUAUCUAAUUUAAAUGAGCAAUUAUUAUCUAGCACUUCGUAUUGGUCAAAAACUUCAACAAUUGGUAUUCAUUUACAUAAACAAGAGGAAAAUUUGAAUCCUAAACGAACAGAAUUGCAAAGCGUUACAAUCGUCAGUGAAACGGUCGAAGCAAUCCACCAUCCUGACCAUACCGGAUAUGUAUCUCAACAUAAAGCUACUAGUGAAAUUCCAAGACCAUUGGUACAACAAAUAAAGAGCAAUGUAUCCGUUACUAAAAAAGCUGGACAGUAUUAUUAUGAGAAAAAUGUCUUGCAUCAAUAUCCAGAUGAAAUAGUUAGCCAAAGUCCCAAAAGUAAUCCUCAUUUAACAGAGAAAUCUGACAGAACACUCAUUCGGGACCGAAAAAUGACAUCUGAGAAGAUUACAGUAGAAACAUCAGUUAUUGACAAUCCCAUAAUGAACUCUGAAGUGAUUCAAAACGACAAAAAUAAAUUGACACCUAUGCUUGUGAUUACUGUUCGUGGUAAUUACACAGGUGACAGGGAAGAUGUCCAAAGUGCUUUCUCGGUAGAUAUCAAAAAUGUUGCACCGGCUGACGUUCCCGAUAGAUAUUUCUCUUAAACAGUUCUGUUUACAUAAACAAUUGCACUUUGAAAUCGUAACGAAUACAUGCUUUUUACGUAAUCGACAGACAAGCGUAUAUGAUGUUUCAUAGGAGACACUAUUUCGCAAUAAUCAUAAU